GCGAGUUCCGGAUGAACCAAACGUUUGCUCAAAAAAUAUCGAAAAGGGUGUUAUCCGACUUUACGGUUACGAAAAAGGUCGCUGAAGUUGAACUGCUGAAAGCAAAAUGAGUUUUGGAGGAAAUAAACCGUCCAGUUCUGGAUUUGAAUUUAAAAAGUUUGAAUCUGCUGAAGAGGUAGAAGAAAAGAAGAAGAAAAGGCAAGAAGAAUGGGAAAAAGUUCGGAGACCUGAUCAGCCUCUAGAAUGCCCUGAGGAAGAUACAAGAACACUUUUUGAACAGCUUGAAGAACAAAAACAAGCCAAAGAAAUGGAAUGGGAAGAGGCACAUAAACUGAAAAAUUCUAUAAAAGGUUUAGAUGAAGAGGAGGUUGAUUUUUUAGAAGAAGUUUCAGAUCGACAAAUACAGCUUGAAAAAGCCAUUAGAUCUGAAGAAAAAACUGUCUUAAAUGAACUGAAAAUAUCCUUUAAGAAUAUUUACCUUGCAACUUCAGUGUUGACUGAGACUGACAAAGAAAAAAGACUCGAUAAGCCUUCAUCAUCUAAAUCACAACCUAUAGCUUCCAGUAAAAAAUCACAACAAGCCCUGUUAGCUGGGGCUGUGAAACGAAAAAGUACCGAUGAUCAUGGUGAUUCAAAGCCGGCAAAAGUGGAUUCAGAGGCAGACAACAAUGGAACUGUACAGUCAACUGUUCAAACAGCUAAAGUAAUUGGUAUUUUACCAGGCAUUGGAUUUUAUGAUGAUCAUAGCAGUGACUCGGACUCUACUUCUAGUGAUUCUUCUAUUGAAUUAUCUCGUCCUAUUAAAAUUAAGAAAGUGGUAGUACAACAGGCUGAUGGAUGAGUUUCAUUGCUUAUGUUUCACUCGUUCAUUGUUCACUUCAACAUAAGUUGCAUUUAGACUUUUUGGAUCAACUCUGCAGUCCAGUGUUUGUGUGGAAUUUAUUUCAAGAAACCUUACAGAAUUUUCUAUAUAUCCUAGCAAUACAAUUGUUUGCAUUUGAUGGGACCUAUAGAUAUACAUAUAUUCUUAACUUUAGUUUGUUUCGUUCCAUUUAUUUCAUUGUACCAAGUCAACUUAACUUCUGUGGCUGUUUAUUUAGAUAAUUGGGGACAAUCCUCAAUGAAGUAGAAAAAAAAAAUGCUGACUGCAUAUUGGCCAACAUCUAUCAAAAGUUAAAUUAUAAGAAUUGUCAUAAAAUUUAUCUGAUAAAAAUGUUUGAUUCAAAAAAGUUCCACAAGUGGGCAUGUUAUAACUACUUCAUAAUGCAUUGUUAACAUCUUCAUUUUUCAUUGUUAUAUUUUACAUUGUAAAUAAAACUGUUAUCAUACUG